GAUUUAAAAUGGUGAUGUAUUUGAUAUCAACAGUACAUACUGAACUUCCACUUAGCAGAGGAUUGUAUGAAGCACUACCAAGAAACAGCUGACAAGUUGUGUGGUGUGGAACAGGACUUGGCUACAGGGUUGGAUAAUAACCAUGAGAAAAUCAAAGACCCAAUGAGAAACAUUGUGCCAUUGUUACUGGACAAAAAUGUCAGCAUUCAUGAUAAAAUUAGGAUCAUCCUUCUAUACAUUUUGUUUAAAAAUGGAAUUUCAGAGGAGAAUUUGACUAAACUUUGUCAACAUGCACAAAUACCUCAAGCCGAUAG